GAAAGUUUUCGAUUUGAUUGGAAGAUUCGAUUCGAUUCGCUCGCUCUUGUCCCUACCGUUUGAUAGUGGAAAACGUAUCACAUUUUGUCUCUGUCAGUCUUACCGACCUCACAAAACCUUAGCACCAAUUCUAUGUUUUUUGAGGUGGAGCUUUAAUGGCACAUCGAAUCGGAAGAAUACACAAAAUUUACGCAAUUUCCAGCGACGUUCUCCCUCUGCAAUUGAUGAUUUUAGGUUCUUUCGGAGUUUCAGUCAGAUCCUAUGAUCUUCUGGUUCAUUGGAUUUACGAGAUCAAAGAUUGAGUUUCAAAAUUGGCCAUAGAUGAGAAUCCAAGUGGGACAAGUCAGUGAGAGGUCGGGGCAGAAUCGGCAGAUUAGUCAAGGAGAUGCAGAAGAGGCUUUGAAAGAUGCUUCGUUUUAUUAAGCUUUUUGGAUAUCUUUGAUGGUUAUAGCCAACGGACGUCUAAGCUGAAAAGCAAGUUUGCUUUUAGGUUGGUGAUUCAGUCUCUGCGAAAUAAAAAACCUACGGGUUGUGGCAGGUGACACGUCGCUUGACGCUUGGCUUCUCUUUGUAGAGCGGAGCAUAAGCUUUGUUUGGUAGGAAGAGAGAGGAGGAGGUGAGAAUUAAGAUGGGUACGUUCGCGAAGCUUGCGAGAAGGGCUUUGGAGACGGAUGAGCCUGUCAUGGUUCAGAUACAGAAAUUGCUUCGGGGUGUUAAAGAUGCAAAGUCCUUGGCACAGGGGGUAGUUUAUUGGCAGCCGCCAAAGCAGGCUCUGGAAAAGGUGCAACAAAUUGUUUGGGAGCCUUCGACUAGUCGUUAUGGUGCUGAUGAGGGUCUUCCAGAGCUCAGGGAGGCAUUGAUUAAAAAGAUACAUCAAGAGAAUAAAUUGUUCAAAUCCUCAGUCAUGGUUACCGCUGGUGCAAACCAGGCAUUUGUGGAUCUUGUUCUUACACUCUGUGAUGCUGGGGAUUCGGUAGUAAUGUUUGCACCUUACUACUUCAAUGCCUAUAUGGCCUUCCAGAUGACCGGCAUCACCAACAUUCUGGUGGGCCCUGGUAAUCCGAAGACACUUUAUCCAGAUGCAGACUGGUUGGAGAAGAUUCUGUCAGAAACCAAACCAGUGCCAAAGGUCGUCACUAUUGUAAAUCCAGGCAAUCCAUCUGGGACUUAUAUUCCAGAUCCUCUUCUCAAGAGAAUUUCAGAUCUCUGCGAAAGUGCUGGCUCUUGGCUCGUUGUAGAUAAUACAUAUGAGUACUUUAUGUAUGAUGGGUUGAAACAUUCAUGCUUGGAGGGUAAUCACAUUGUCAAUAUCUUUUCCUUCUCAAAAGCCUAUGGCAUGAUGGGAUGGCGAGUCGGAUACAUAGCGUAUCCAAUAGAGGUGGAGGGUCUUGAAGCUCAGCUUCUUAAGGUUCAAGACAACAUACCGAUCUGUGCAUCCAUAAUCUCACAACGGCUGGCUCUGUACUCCCUAGAAGUUGGACCUGAGUGGGUCAGAGACCAGGUGAAGGACCUUGUCAAGAACAGAGCAGUCAUCUUGGAGGCACUCUCACCCCUUGGAGAGGAUGCAGUAAAAGGUGGGGAAGGUGCGAUCUACCUAUGGGCUAGACUUCCAGAAAAAUAUUCUGAUGACUUUGAGGUUGUACGGUGGCUUGCGCAGAAGCAUGGGGUGGUUGUAAUCCCUGGAAGCGCAAGUGGGGGUGCAGGUUAUAUCCGGAUAUCCUUCGGUGGGCUUAUGGAGGCUGACUGUAAAGAGGCUGCAGGGAGACUAAAAAAAGGGUUAGAAGAGCUGGUGAGAGAUGGAAUGGUGGAGUGACCUUCAACAAUUAUGAAACAUUGAUUUUGUUGGCCAAUUAUCCCUCUCCUCCUUUGUUGUAUUCUUAACCUGAAUAAUGCCCCUUCCUGGCUUUUGAUGGGACAGGCCAGAGAUCCAGUUCUGCCAUAUUAAAGGAAACUCGAGAUUGGGAGGAUAUGCCUCUCAGUUGCUUUGUCUCGUAAGAAAUUAUUGAUGAAUGCAAAAUUCUUGGCAUUUUACAAGUUCA